UUUUGAUAUGGGUGAGGAGUUACCCGGAAGUGGAUGUUCGCUUGUCUCGUGUGAGCUUUAGCAAAGAUUUCCCUGACCAAAUUGUUAAUUUGUUUACAUUAAUCGCCGCUUAAACGCUUCGUUGUGUAGAACUGAUCUACCAGUCGGAAUGAAGCGGGGCAACUGGCGGGAGCAAGGCAGAGAUCGCCACGGGCGUCAUCGUCCUAAAUGGCGAAGAGUCCGAUCCAGCAGCGGAUCCCGAGAUCAGAGCAGGUAUGACGAGUCACCAGAAGCCCGUACUAGCACCCGGACUGAUGGCUCCGAGGCUGGGUCCAGUGCAUCUUCCAGUGCUACAGCCACUGCACCAGCGCUACCAGGCUUCUACUUUGAUCCCGAGAAGAAUCGCUAUUUCCGCCUGCUGCCCGGACACAACAACUGCAACCCCUUGACCAGGGAAAUGCUUCAGGCAAAGGAACAGGAGCGGAGGAGGUCUGCGCUGCUAUUGGAGGACGAACAUCCCAGGAAGAAGGCCCCAAGAACAGGACUGAACACGUCGCUUCUGUUACAAAACAGACACCUUGGCCUUCUUCCUCCAAGCUCUUAUUGCAGGAUGAUCCAUGAGCUGAAGGUGAGCGGGAUGAGGCGUCACAAGCUGGAGGUGCAGAGUUCCGACUCCAGCUCUCCCAACACGGACAACUUCCGCCACAUCGUGGCGGACUCGGCCUGUGAGCGCGUCUUCACAGUGAACGACGUGUCUCAUGGUGGCUGCAAGUAUGGCAUAAUGAACUUCAGUGGCUGCAGCAAGGGCUCGCUGUCUGUGGAGAUGUGCGACAACCUGUACUUUACAAACCGCAAGGUGAACUCCAUAUGCUGGGCCUCUGUUUCCCAUUCAGACUCACAUGUGCUCUUGUGUCUUGUGAGUAUAUCCGAAACUCCAGGCUGUGUGAGCCUACUCCCAGCCUCCCUCUUCAGUAACUCAAACCCCGACCAGCCGGGGAUGCUGUGCAGCUUCAAGAUCUCCACCGCCUGGUCGAGUGCCUGGUGUCUCAACCCACUGGCUGACAAGACAUUCAGCACCGGUCUCUCGCGGCACGUGAUUGUGACGAAUGCUGUGACUGGUCGGAGGCAGACAUACAGCAUCAGCAGUGAUGUACUCGCCCAACAGUUUGCUCUCAGGGCUCCGGUGCUUUACAACGGAUGCCGCUCGGGGGAGAUCUUCAGCAUCGACUUGCGGCAGCGCUCUCGGCGCGACCACAGCUGGAAGGCCUGCCGCUUCCAACAGGGCUCGGCCGUCACCUCCGUCCGCCUCCUGCGAGACGAAAACUACCUUCUCGCCGCCGACAUGCUGGGCAAGAUCAAGUUGUGGGAUAUCCGUGUGACCCGACCAGUCAAGCACUAUGAAGGCCACCAUAACGAGUAUGCCUACCUCCCCCUGCAUGUCAAUGAGGACGAGGGGCUUCUUCUGGCAGUCGGUCAGGACUGCUACACGCGUCUGUGGAGUCUGAGCGACGGGCAUCUGCUGAGGACCAUCCCUUCGCCACACCCGGCAGGCAAAGAGGGCUUUGACAGCAUCCCCAACGUGGUCUUCUCCUCCCAGCUAGGCGGCUGCAAGGGCCUGCCCGGGCUGCUCAUGGCCGUGCAGCAUGACCUCUACUACUACCCUUACAACAGCGACUACCAGGACGCCGCCACGGGCGGAGAGGCGGCCACAGGGCUGGUUUCGGAGAGGUAGGAAGAAGCAUGAUGGGUUACCGUCCCGAGGUGGUGGCCUUCUCAACGUGGAGUGACCUGGCCAGGAUCAGUUGCUUGUUAUGGGAGUCGUAGAGAAGUGGUUGAAGACUCAAAGAGGACUUCAGAAGAGAGGAGUGGUUGAAGACUCGAAGAGGACCUCAAAGAGGACUUCAGAGUAGAGGAGCUCGGCAAUGGCUGCAUGACUUUUGUUUACAGAAAAGGCUUCAGAAACAGAUGCAGCCUUUACAAAAAUAUAUAUAUACUCUUGACAUUGAAAUUUAUGUUCUUGAAAUUUGUAUUUGCAGUUUUUUUUUUUCUGCUGUGACUACCACAAGUGCAAUUUAUGGACUGCAAACAUAAUGUAAUGGAAAAAGCUGCAAGACAAGUUGCAAGUUCUCCAGAUUUCAGUCAUCUGAACUGCCAAAUAAUCAAUCUUUACUUAGUUCAUAUUGAGUGAUAGGUGAUUUUUUUUUUUCCCCAUGCCACAAACUCCCAAAUGAUUUUCAGGUCUACGUUGUUUUUCUGUCUGCAAAAUGUGACCUAGUUUGAUGACUCAAGGUUACUAUCCGCUUUCAUUUCUGUAAGCCUCUCUCUGGUUGGAUUUUAUCUUGAAUGUUAUUUUUUUUUUUAAAGUGUAAAAAUUCUUGGAUUGGUAUUUUCUAAAAUGAAUUUUAAGUCUUGCCAUGCUUCAAUGGCGCUUGCUGUAAACACCUGCCUGCGUUUUCAGGAAGACAUCUAAGGAACACUUAAUAAAAAGAUUGCAAGAUCCCA